GGAAGUUCAACGAGGGUGUGGGCAUCUGAAGCGACCACAUCGGCGGCAACGACGCAGCAGUACGACGGUCGAGUAGCAGAGGCGUUGGGUCUGCUAGGUCAAGUCUUUUCAGGAUGUCCCGGCUUUCCACGAUGUCUGCCACGGAAAGGCGCAAAGUGAUUGUUGCUAUUAGUGCAUUUUGGAACCUUGUAAUGAUUUAUGUCAAUUUAGGAAUGGAG